AUGAAGUUAAGACAAGUAACUGGUACUUCACUUCAGUGUCUGGGAGGAUCACCUGAGCUUGAUAACAUUCCAGUAAAAAACGGUUUGAAUCCAUUGGACUUUUUUUAAUAGCUCUCCUCCCUCUAACACUUUCAAGAUGGUUGGACUGAAACCCUCGGAUGUCCCCCCUACUCCAGGUGUGAAGUUCCUCAGUGCUGGAACUGCUGCCUGUAUAGCAGAUCUCUUCACUUUUCCACUGGACACAGCUAAAGUCAGAUUACAGAUUCAAGGUGAGAAGGCAGCUGUUGAAGCUGCUAAGAACAUCCGAUACAGUGGAGUGUUUGGGACCAUUGCCACCAUGGUUAAAACAGAAGGUCCAAGGAGUCUCUAUAAUGGAUUAGUAGCUGGACUGCAGAGGCAGAUGGCCUUUGCUUCAAUCCGCAUUGGCCUCUAUGACUCAGUCAAGCAAUUCUACUCCAAUGGGAAAGAAAGUGCUGGAGUUGGAAUCAAGAUCCUGGCAGGCUGCACCACUGGUGCAAUGGCGGUGUCUGUUGCACAGCCCACAGAUGUGGUGAAAGUCAGGUUUCAAGCUCAGUUGACCCUUAGAGGUGUUGAGAGGAGGUACAAGGGCACCAUGCAGGCCUACAAAGCCAUUUUCAGGCAAGAGGGGAUUCAAGGACUUUGGAAAGGCACUCUACCAAACAUCACCAGAAAUGCCAUUGUUAACGCCGCAGAGCUUGUAACUUAUGACAUCAUUAAGGAGACAAUCCUCAAGUACAAACUGUUGACAGAUAAUUUACCCUGCCACUUCUUAUCGGCUUUUGGAGCUGGGUUCUGCACCACAAUUGUUGCCUCUCCAGUUGACGUUGUAAAGACCAGAUACAUGAACUCUCCCCUGGGGCAAUACAAGAGCGCUAUCAACUGUGCCUGGACCAUGUUUACUAAAGAAGGACCAACAGCUUUUUAUAAAGGGAGCCAGCAGGUGCAUUCCUGCACAGCAGCUGUGUCUUAGCUGGAGGAGCCAACGGCUAUCUGCUGCUCAGUGUAGCUGCCAGACAAGAAGAAUCAAGUGGGUUUUUUUUUCCAUUUGUACACUUGCCUGAUCGUUGUCUCCCACUCCAGCAAACUGCUAUUCCGCCUCACUGCGUUUGUCAGCAAAGAGUCACGAUUACACCCGGAAAUCAUUUAAUGCUUUCAGGGCACUGCACAGAGACAUGACCCAAGGUGGCAAACUCAAAUUUCUCUGAUAUAGUGCGUCAGCAGUAAAAAUCUUGUGGCCUGUGUAGUGCUAAUUAUAUACCCAUUGUCAAUACAUGUAAAAAGUCAAAAUCAAAACAGGCAAUCUGCAGUCCAGGAAUACAGACAGAUGCCUCUAGAAGCUGGCUUGAUUAGCAAACACAAGACAAGUAUGGUGUUCUUCACAUUUCAUAGACAAAAUAAAAAAAUUCCCUGUCCCAAAAACAAAUAUGUACCCCGUGGCAAAGGCUUACAUAAUAAUUUUAAAUAAUUUUAAGACCCUGGACACUGUGUCCGUGUGGAGUGAUCUACAUGGAUAGUAUGUUCAAUAAGUUAUUGUGAAAAUUCAGGCAAACUAGAUGUAGCCAGAAUACUGCUUAAGAAUAUAAUAUUCUAAGAACAUCAAUAAUAUACAGUAAUUAAUUUAUAUACAGUUUCAUCAUAAAUUGAUGAGUAGUUCUGAAGCUAUAGCCUAGUGUAGGUAUACUUCACAUUUUGUUAUGACCAACUGAUAGCUAAUGGACCAAGGAAUUAUAUACUACACCGUUGACUGCUUGACAUGUCAGAUGGUUUAACUCUGUUGCACAUAACUGCCUCAUGAUUAUAUGCCUAUGUAACAGGGUGAUGCUGGGUGCAUACCGGCGACCCCGUGCACCACAAGCGAGCAUCUUAGCCACAAUGUAAAAGAGCCGGGCUCAUCUGCAUUCGUGGCUUUAGAACUCUUAAUCUCAUAAUCUCAUCUCACCGACAUGGAAAGGGACAGAAUCCGUAAUGGCAUCCG